UUGCUUUCCUCCUGCACAGAUCAUGUUUUGCACUUUGAACACUCAUAAGGCUGAUAUGGACAAGCUCUUGGGUGCACAAAUUGGCCUUGAAGAUUUCAUAUUUGCCCACAUAAAAGGACAACGAAAAGAAGUGGAAGUUCUUAAAACUGAUGAUGUGCUUGGGCUUACCAUUACAGACAAUGGAGUUGGCUGCGCAUUUAUAAAGCGAAUCAAAGAAGGUAGCCUUAUGGACCAAACCAAAAUCAUCUGCGUGGGUGAUCACAUAAAGACUAUAAAUGGAAAAAAUGUGUCCGAUUGUCGGCAUUAUGAAGUUGCCAAAAUGCUAAAAGACCUGGAGAAAGGUCAGGUGUUUAAGCUGGAGUUGAUAGAGCCUAUGAAAGCAUUUGAAAAGCUGGAACCAAGGUCCAAAGGCGGAACUCUGCCAGAGGCUAAAAUCUCCAGAGGGAGAGAAACACUUCGGCUGAGAACCAAAGGCCCUGCUACUGUGGAGGAAAUGCCAACUGAAGUUGAAGAAAAAGCAAUUAAAAAGGUGGAUGAGCUUCUUGAAACGUACAUGGGGAUAAGAGAUAUUGAAUUAGCUGCAACAAUGGUGGAAGCUGGAAGAGACAAGAAAAACCCAGAUGAAUUUGCAGUGGCAUUGGAUGAAACUCUUGGAGACUUUGCAUUUCCAGAUGAGUUUGUCUUUGAUGUGUGGGGAGCAAUAGGUGAUGCUAAGCAAGGACGACUGGAAUGAGAACUGUGCAGUUUAUCGAUCCUUAUUUGAAAAUACAAAAUGAUUUUCAAAUAUAUACUUAAAUAUUUUAAUACUUUUAUUGAUAUGACUC